UGAGGUCGAGGGGGCGGAGCCUGUUGUGAUGACGUAGGGUGUUUCUGGUGGUAAAGCCCUGGUUCUCUGUCCCACAGAUGUUCUCCAGCUGUCCACGGUCAAAGACGAGGUUCCACCUGAGCUGCAGGAGUCCAGACCCACUGAGGGCCAGGAGGAACCACGGCACGGCGGCAUCAAGGAGGAGCAGGAGGAGGAGGGGGUGUGGACCAAUGAGGAGGAGGCGGCUGUUGGAGGCGUGUCUGCAGAGAAGGUCAGUGAGGAGAAGAACCCUGGCUCCUGCCGUCCCCCUCAUCUUCAGGACAAGGAGGACGGCUCGGGUCCUGGACCCUGCAGGGACCCCGGUCCAGAUGGACCUGAGGACCAUCAGGACGGUCCCGGGGAGACCGUUGGCAGGAAGUUGUCGUGUUCUGAGUGCGGGAAAACAUUCUCCUACAAGUCGGAUCUGCUGAGACACGUGGUCAGUCAUUCAGGAGAGAAACCGUUCCACUGCUCCCAAUGUGACAAACGUUUUGCGACUGGUGGGAGUCUGAGACAACACGAAAAAAAGCACAUGGGAGAAAAACCAUUUGGUUGCUCAGAGUGCGGUAAAAGGUUUAGCUCCAGGUCCAAGUUGUUGCAACACAUGGCCGAUCACACGGGAGAGAUACCGUUUAGUUGCUCAUUGUGUGAGAAAAAAUUUCCAACAAACUGGAGUCUGAAGAAGCACAUGAUUGGCCACAACGGGGUGAAGUCACACGGUUGCUCUCAGUGUGGGAAAACCUUUUUCUGGGUUUCACUGUUGAGGAGACACCAGCUGACCCAUUCUGGAGAGAAACCUUUCAGUUGCACUGUGUGUGGGAAAAGAUUCAUCUCCAAGAAGAACGUGGAGAACCAUGAGAAAAUACACACCGGAAAUCAACCGUUCAGUUGCUCCGUGUGUGGGAGAAAAUUUACCUACAAGGGGAGCAUGAAGGACCACGAAAAAAUACAUACUGAAGAGAAACCGUUCAGUUGCUCUGUGUGCGGCAAAGAUUUCGCCCGUGCACGUUUUCUCAAAAAACAUGAAAAGAUCCACUCACGUGAAAAACCAUUCAGUUGCGGUACGUGUGGGAAAAGUUUUGCUGUAAAGGGCAGUCUGACAGCACACGAGAAAAUCCAUACUGGAGUGAAACCAUUCAGCUGCUCACAGUGUGGGAAAACCUUCUUCUUGUCUUCAAGUUUGAGGAAACACGAGAGAAUUCACACUUGAAAAAAUCUGACAGUGAAGAACUGGACCAGGACCAGGACCUGGACCAGGACCUGGACCAGGACCUGGUCCACCUCAUGGAGAUUAUACACAUCAUUCUUUACUAACUGGACUGAGUUUCUGUGAAUUAAACUAAAAAAUAAAUCAAAUGUUGUCAAACAAAUAAACCCUCCUGUGAACCUGACUCUGAGUUCGUCAUCAAACACGAUCACAUUCACUGUUAAAAACACAGACGU